AAAGAAACCGCGAUUUCCUGCGCAUCGCUGAUUGGGUGGUUGGAAUGCAAAAGCCCUGAGGCUCCGCCUAUCAGACGUGACGUAACACGGAAGUGACGACGCUGACGUCACCUGACUGGAUGGACUGCGGCUUUCAUUGGAUUAUAGGUCCGCCUUUUGAGAGCGGUGUGUGGUCAUGACGGACUGUUAAUCUUCUUAAGACGGCAAUGGAAGCUCCAGUCACAGCUGUGCCGCCGCCUCCUCCUCCCAAUUCCUCCACCGUGCCAUCCCCUCUUCCCCUGCGCCCGGCUCUGGCACCCUCAGUCCAGCUGGGCUUCACCGUCUUGUACACGGCGCUGUACGGCGCCCUCUUCCUGGUGGUGUAUGCCCAGCUCUGGCUUCUUUACCUCUACCGACACAAACGAUGGAGCUACCAGAGUAUCUUUCUCUUCCUCUGCCUGCUGUGGGCCGCUCUGCGCACCGCCUUGUUUUCAUUUUACUUCUGCAACGCGCUGGAGGCCAACCACCUCCCCGUGGUCGUCUACUGGCUUCUCUACUGCUUCCCCGUCUGCUUGCAGUUCUUCACUCUCAGUCUCAUCAACCUGUAUUUCACUCAGGUGUUACUCAAAGCCAUAGAGACGUACAGUGCAGAAGUGGACAAGCGACUCUGCGUGGCCCGCUGUGCGUACGGAUUGCUGAACGCCGUCUUCCUCUGCGUCAACGUGGCUUGCGCUGCUCUAGGGGAGCGGGGCAAUGGCGUGGCGGAAGGCCAAAGGACCUGGAAUUUGGUUCUUAUCCGGGUUCUUGUCAACGACCUACUCUUCAUUCUGGAGGCGGUCUUGCUGGCCGUGGUGCUGUUGCUGUUGACGCGGCACUCCCGCUCCACUGGCCCGUAUUUGAGCAGCAAGGGGACCACAAUGUGUCGCACAGCGGCGCUAGGCGCGGCAGUCAUCCUGUUGUUUGCUAGCAGAGCUUGCUACAACCUCAGCGUGCUCGUGCUGUCCCAGAACCACCAUGUUGAGUCCUUUGACUUUGACUGGUACAACGUCUCCGAUCAGGCCGACCUGCGCAACGAACUCGGCGACAGGGGCUACUUGGCGUUUGGCGCCAUCCUCUUCAUCUGGGAGCUGCUGCCAACCAGCUUGCUCAUUCUUAUCUUCAGAGUUCGCAGACCGACCCAAGAGGUCAGCAGCUUAGCUAUCAACAACAGAGUCCUACCUCGUCCCUAUUUCUUUGAUGACCCUCAAGGCGAUGAGGACAUUCCAGUUCCUUGGACUCGCAGCUACCACCCACACACCAGCUGGUACGGAUCAGAGACCACCCCGCUGCUGUUUGCAAGCAACCCUCCAGGACACAACCACCAGCACCACUCCUUCUAUUCCACCCCCCAGAACUGAGCGCCACCAUCACAGACUAGCAGUUUAGCACCCAGUAAAACCUCCUGUGUGUGUCUUUGCACUGAAAAGCUCAGGAAUUGUCCUCAAAUAGGGAAAAUGCAGAUUGUAGCGUUUUUAGCCACUGAGGACAAUCUAAAAGGGAACCUCAACAUCAAUUGCCACACGUCGCACUUGGUGAUGACAUUAACUGCUUGUUUUAUGAGUUGUUAAUUAUGUUAAUCACAGUUUAUCACUUUGAAAUUCCUCCUUAACUUACCUUUUCAAGAGUCUUUAAAACAUACAGUGCAUCUGAAAAGUAUUCACAGCACUUUACUUUUUCCAUAUUUUUGUUUUUGUUGUAGCCUUAUUCCAAAAUGAAAUACAAUCAUUUUCAGAAUUUUACUCACAAUACCCAAUAAUGACAAUGUGAAAAUAUUUUUUUGUGUAAAUUUUGAAAUCAUCUUUGUCUAGUCAGGUAGGUGACUAAGAACCCGAUGGUCACUCUGCUGCAGUAUUCCUCAGUGGAGAGAGAAGAACCUUCCAGAAGGACAAGCAUUUCUGCAGCUAUCCACCAAUCAGGCCUGUAUGAUAGUGGCCAGACAGCUAUUUUUUAGUAAAAAAGUUUGCCAAUAUGUCCCUGAGAGAGACUCAGACCAUGAGGACAAAUUCUCUGGUCUGAUGAGACAGAGAUUGAACUAUUUGGUGUAAAUGCCAGGCAUCAUGUUUAGAGGAAACCAGGCACCGCUCGUCACCAGGCCAAUGGCAUCCCUACAAUGAAGCAUGGUGGUGGCAGCAUUAUGAUGUAGGGAUGCUUUAAGCGGCAGGAAAUGGAUGACUAGUAAGGAUAGAAGGAAAGAUGAAUGCAGCAAUGUACAGAGACAUCCUGGAUGAAAACAAACGCUUCCAAGCCAAUCUGAUGGAGCUUGAGAGGUGCUGCAGAGGAAUUGGUGCCAGGCUGUGCUAUCGUAUUAAAACAACUUGAGGCUGAAAUUUUUGCCAAAGGUUCAACAAAGUAUUGAGCAAAGGCUUUGCAUACUUAUGUACACGUGAUAUUUUUAUUAUUACAUUUGUAAAUAAAUGCAAAGUUUUACACUCAUUGGGCGUAGAAUUUAAAGAAUAAAAAUGAAUUUAUUUCAUUUUGGAAUAAGGCUUUAAUUUAGUAAAAUGUGGAAAAAGUGAAGUGCUGUGAAUACUUUCCGGAUGCACUAUAAGGGCAACAUUUAAUGUAGGCAUUCCAAUGUCUUAUUUUAACCAUUCUUUAGUUUGAUGUUUUUUGUAUUUUUCUUUGACCUUUAAAUUAUUUGUUGUAUUAAUAAGUUUGUAGCAAGUGACUCCCAUGUGGUUCUGACUUCACAUUUACUGUGUAAACGACCAAUUAAAAAAUAUAUUCCA